AUGUCGAGUUUCCUCUUCAUCAGCUGCCUCCUACUUGUCUGUUGGUUGACCGCAGAAAUUUUCAUCCGUUCACCAACUACUUCCAGUUCCUCAGUCAAUGAAAUUCUAAAGAAACCCUUCGACUUCGAUGAACAACUAUCGAAAAUCAAUUCAACCUGUCUGCCACUUCGAGAACUUCGAGAACUAACGGCCGACCUUGUUGCGGGCUCAACAGCUGAACGUUACAACAGAAAAUUGCUUUCAUUUGCCCAGCGAUCCAUUGGCUUCAGAGAAAUGCGUACAGUUCUCGGAUUCCCACCAAUAGCUCAAUGGACAAAAUAUUGGAAUCCGAGUGAAGAAGAGGUCAAAGCUGCUCCGACAGUUGAAAAGUAUUAUGAACUAAGAGAGGCUAUCAAUAUGGAUCGCCGUUGGGAUAGUCAAUAUUUUUUCGAGAAACAACUUCAAUCGGGAAUGGAUUUUCUGGACAAAUGGGUGCCUGCUGUACGAAAUAUUUAUCGGCGAAAAUUUGAAGAGAUUCGAGGUCGUCCUGAAGCGAAAUUGGUUUUGGAUAGAGAAGAAAUUGAUUAUAUGUUCGGAGAAUAUAAAACAAUCAAGUUGAGUGUACAGAAAGCUAUCCGGAAGAUGUUUGAAAUAAAGGAGGAAUGUCGGCACGUCGUCGGGAAGAAACUCAAGAAGAAUGAAGAAAAGGAGAAUCAGAACUCAAAGUUUGAUGUAAAUGAUGUUUGA